UGUUUUCACCGCCAAAAACCUGUUCCACGAUCACGCGCCAUUGUACAUUAUUGUACCUGCUGCUGUGCGUAUCACUAAAAUAACAUAAUAAUCGCAUUCGGUUUGAUUAACACUAUUGGCUGAUUUAGCAUUAUAUAUUAUAAAGUUUGCGAAAAUGUGGAAUGCAGUAAUUAAUAAGAAAAUGAAAACCAAAUCAACGGGCACUACCGAAGAUGGUGCCACCAUAGAAGUGCAAGAAGCCGCCAACAUUCCGAAUGAGAAGGAUGAUAGAAUCUCAAACUUGGAGGCCAUGAUGCAUAUCAUUAAGUCAACCAUUGGCGGUGGGUUCUUAGCCAUGCCUGAGGCUUUUAGCAAUGCUGGACUGUUGGUGGGUUCAAUAGGCACCAUGAUAUUAGGAAUUUCGGUUCUAAAUAUGAUGUCUUUUAUUGUUCGGGCAUCACAGGUAUUGCGAACCCCCAAAUAUGCCAUUAUGAUUUUGACAGAUCAGAAUGUAGAUAAUGAUGUGGCUGAAGAAGAACAUAACCAAGAGCCAAUCGAUAUUAAAAGCAAUGAACUAGUGUUGGAACCAUUGGACUUCCCGGAAACAGUGGGGUUAGUGUUUAAAUACGGCUCUGGAGGCCGCUUCGCAUCAUGGACCAAACUUAUCAAUAAGUUCACCACUAUAUCAUUGAUCGUAACUUAUUACGGAGUCAACAUCAUCUACGUGUGCGUCGUGGCGAGCACCACUAAGCAGCUCGUCGACCUUUACACUACGGGUGCAGAAGUGGGCACUUGGAGCUACACAUUUCACGAUUUGAACAUCCGCUGGUACCCCUUGUUUGUAGCUCUAUUGAUCAUUCCCAUGGGAAUGAUACGAAUUAUCAAAUUAUUGGUACCAUUUUCCAUUAUUGCAAACGUGCUCAUUUCGGCAAGUGCUGCAGUGUUGUUUUACUUCAUUUUCACUGACGAUGGAGGACGUGACCCUCUCCGCCCCGAAGAACGUUCAAAAUUGGUAGUAUGGCCAAUUACUCGCUGGUCGCUGUUUGCCGGAAGUGCUCUGUGUUCAAUGGAGGGCGUUGGAAUGCUCAUGCACGUCGAAAACUCAAUGAAGAAACCUCGCCAACUUAUUGGCCCACCAACUUACACGCUACAUUGGUCUAUGCUUAUCAUCGUGAUACUCAACGGGGCUUUGGGAUUCUUCGGAUAUGUACGUUACGGUGAUCGGUGUCUGGGCAGCGUGCCACUCAACUUACCUUCAGAUAAUAGACUUUCAGAGGCUGUAAAAAUUGUUGUGACUUUGGGAAUUCUCAUGACAUACGGACUUCAGCUGACUGUCACUGCGGAUCUUGUGGGGCAAUGGCUUAAAAGAAGGACAGAGCCAAAAGUUUUUCAUAGAAUUGGAUCGAAAAAACAGGAAAAAGAAAAAAAUUUCAAUCUUGAUUAUUAUAUAAUGAGGUUUAUCCUAAUUGUCGGUACCGUAAUUAUCGCGACUAUUGUACCCGACGUCGGGCCAAUGAUUUCUCUGGUCGGCUCAGUCGGUUUUUCAGUACUUGGUAUCAUAAUACCUGUAGCAAUGGAAACCGCGUGGUAUUGGGACCCAAAAAGCGAGAAUGACUUCGAAGAAACCCUACAAGGGACAAACUGCGAUGGUGAAACAGUGGAAGAUGGAAAUGGAUUAGCUUCAGCGGCGGUGCUGAUGUCAAAGGUUGCAAAGACUGAUAAAGCCAGACGAAAAAUGGCCAUCCGCAGAACCUUACGCCAUGUGAAAAAUUCUAUUUAUGUCAUAUUGGCAUUUUUCGCACUGACCGGUGGAGCCUACUACAAUUUAAAAGAAAUAUUCACUCCGAGCCACAGCGUGCCGGCACCAGACAUUUCUCGUAUUGAAGCUUAA